UAGCUCGGUUAGCUCGUCUCGUACCCGUGUUCUGGUGUCAAGCUCCGGGGGGAAACACGAGUGUUAUUGGGGUGUUUGGGCACCGUGUGCUGCCAGGACAGAUGUUAAUACACCUCCACAUGUCUUCCUCGUGUCUCUGAGCUGUGCUGGGAACACACAGGAUUAUUAUUUUCUGAAGAGAAGCCGCGGUGGUGGGAAAGUUUGUGAUGAGAUGGCAGACUGUGCCCCCUCUGUUGCCAUGGAAGCCGUCCUCAAGCCCAGCUGCGAACUCCCAGAGGACAUGACCAAGAUCAAGGGCUAUGACUUCAACCAGGGGGUCGAUCUCCACCAAGUGCUGAAGUCCUACUUCACCACGGGUUUCCAGGCCAGCAGCUUGGGCUUGGCCAUCCAGCAGAUCAACCUCAUGAUAGAGAAGCGGCUUGAACCAGUGGAGGCAGGAGAGGGAGCUGAGUCUGGUGAAUCCCCCCAGCACUCGGGCUGCACCAUCUUCCUGGGUUACACCUCCAACCUCAUCAGCUCCGGAGUCAGGGAGAGCAUCCGCUAUCUGGCAGAGCACAAAAUGGUGGAUGUGAUUGUUACCACAGCUGGAGGUAUCGAGGAGGAUUUUAUCAAGUGUAUGGCUCACACAUACCUGGGAGACUUUAGCCUGCCCGGAAAGGAGCUCCGCUUGAGAGGAAUUAACAGAAUAGGGAACCUUUUGGUGCCCAAUGAUAACUACUGUAAGUUUGAAGACUGGGUGAUUCCCAUCCUGGACCAGAUGUUGUUGGAGCAGAACACCGAGGGAACCCGUUGGACUCCCUCCAAAAUGAUCCAUCGGCUCGGGAAGGAGAUCAAUAAUACUGAGUCUGUCUACUACUGGGCGUACAAGAAUAAUAUCCCAGUGUUCAGUCCUGCUCUGACAGAUGGCUCUCUGGGGGACAUGAUCUACUUCCACUCUUUUAAGAACCCUGGCUUGGUACUGGACAUAGUGGAGGAUAUCCGCAGGAUGAACAGCCAGGCGGUUUUUGCCAAGAAAUCGGGAAUGAUCAUCUUGGGAGGAGGCCUGGUCAAACAUCACAUAGCCAAUGCUAAUCUUAUGAGGAACGGAGCCGACUAUGCAGUGUUUGUAAACACAGGUCAGGAGUUUGAUGGCUCCGACUCUGGGGCCAGACCUGAUGAGGCCGUAUCCUGGGGCAAGAUCAGAACAGAUGCCAAACCUGUCAAGGUGUAUGCAGACGCCUCUUUAGUCUUCCCUCUGAUAGUGGCCGAGACCUUCGCUCUCCACGCGGACAAGCUGACCGCUGGAAAGAAAACAGAUUAAAUGGUUUUCUCCUUAAACUCUCCGUUAGAAACAACAACCAGCUGUGUCGCUCUGGUUCUUCCUUCUUUCUUCUAAUUUAACAUAUGAGUUUGAUCUUGUGAACCUUUCCAUUGAGAAUACAUGGUUACCACUUGGCAACUGUAAGAGGCAGCAUUGUGAUGUUGUCACGCACACAAUGCACCAAAGAGAAUGCAUCAGGUUUUAGCUGUGUGUGUCCAGUAUCAGUGUGUUUUAGCGGGUGUAUGGUGUUUUAAUGUAUUUCAGUUCCGCUGUUUUUACAUCAUCUUGUAUCUGGAUGACAGAUGUGCCCGCGUGGCCGAAUAAAUCACAAAGUUAUAA